AUGAGCAAGACUCUUCUUCGUCUUUCCCGCAUCCCGAGGGAGACCUAUGAGAGCGUCAAUGCGAACAGAGAGAACAAAUUCGGAAUGACAACGGUUCGUCUUAGGAAGCUCAGGGAUGCGUGGUCCGAGUUUGAUUGGAUUGGUGGGCUUCGUCUUCUCCAAUGGCUUGAGGAUCCAUUGGGGAUCGUACUGAUGUCUGGCAAAAGGCGAAAGCAGGAAGAGUACAUCAACUCCCACCCUCAAUUCAUCUCCAUCUCCAAGGCCAAAGACGGCAAGGAUCUCAAGAUUCAAUUUGCUGCGCUCUUCUCGAGAAACUUCUUGGAGUUUUAUGGUAUCUUGGAUUUGGUGAAGAAGCAGUACACUCCCGAGACGCUUCCCUAUCAUAUUAUUGUCCCAUAUCUCCUUGGCUAUGCCUUCUCGUCCCCUCCUCUCGAAGGCCCUUUCAGCGUCCAAGAUGUCGCCUUCGUUCUCAACAAUCUAAUGAAGGGUCUCGGCUUUGGCGGUGGAUAUAUGGCCCAAGGUGGUGAUGUGGGCAGUUUCGUCACGAAUGCUUUAGGGAUGUACCCCAAUGAGUGUAAGCUCAUCCACCUCAACUUCCGUUUGUCACUCGCAAGUGCCUCCGGGUCUACCGAGUCCAAGAAACCCACCGAUAAGGCUUUCGACCCCCUGCUCCCUCUUCAAACCUUCGGCUACGCCCUCGAACAGGGUACUCGGCCAUCCACCAUCGGUAUCACCGUAUCCACCAACCAGCUCUCGCUCCUUGCGUGCAUCGGCGAAAAGUACGACGCUUGUCCCACUCUGUCUUUUAGCGAAGAGGUGUUGUUGAGGUUUAUGAGUCUGUACUGGUUUACGCAUAGUUUUUCUUCUUCUAUCUAUCAUUACCGAUACAUGAUCUUUUGGUAUCGAUCGACAUCUUCCCAGCGCGGAGACGCAGUUCCAAAAGACCCCCACGGGAUACAGCGUUUUCCCAAAUACGACGCUGGCGGUCAUUUCGCUGCGUUGGCCGAACCGGAGGCGCUUUGGAGCGACAUCGAGGAAAUUAUCAAGGAGAAUUGGGAGUAG